AUGCUCGCAGGAGCAGCAGCAGCAGCAGCAGCAGCACCUGCAGCAGCAGCUGCUGGUGAUGAUGAUGAAGACGAGGAGGAAGACGAACUCAACGGAGAUCAGGAGGGCGUUCAUUCCCCGAAGAGGCGGCGGAAGGACGUCGAUGUCUUCAGUAUGUGUUCGUUACCCCCUGAGAGACUGCGUAAGGCUGUGCGGCGUUUGCUGCGGUCAGAGCGCCGCUCGCUGAAGCAGCUGAAGCGUCUAGCAAAAGGAGCAGCAGCAGCAGCAGCAGCAGCCGCACCAGGAGCAGCAGAAGGAGCAGCAGCACCAGCAGCAGAAGGAGCAGCAGCAGCAGAAGCAGGACUAGCAGCAACAAGCAGCAGCAAAGACCUCGCCUUGCAUAAAGCAGCAGCAGCGGCUUGCUUGCCCUCUAUUACAGCUACACUGCAGGCGCUGCUGCUGCCGUUAGGUGAAGACACCCCACAGUAUAAACGAGUUGAAGCAGCAGCUUGGGGUUAUGUUGCCUCCAUUGCUGGCCUUCCUGCUGAGGAGCUGCAGCAAAUGGGGCUUGCUGCCCUGCAGCAGCAGCAGCAGCAACAAGGUGUACAGUCAGCAGCAACAUCAUCUUCGGCAGCAGUCAAUGAAGAAUGUCAGUUGCUGCAGCAGCAGCAGCUGCUGCUGCAGCAGCAAAUCCAGCAGCAUCAGCAGUUGCUUGAUCAGCAGCAGCUGCUGCACGAGCAACAGCAGCAGCAGCUGCUGCAGCAGCAAGGCAUUGGCAGCAGCGCGGAGCUCCCGCUACAGCUAAAGCACGAUGAAACAGCAGCAGAAGCAGCAGCAGCAACAGCUGCAGCAGCAACUAAUGCAGCAGCAACAGCAGCAACAGCAGAAACGUUUGAUGCUUGCGAAGACGCCGCAGAGCAACACAAUGAAUGCGGGGGAGAGCUGCAAGCUUCUGGCGUACCCGAAGAAGAAGCAGCAGCAGCAGCAGCAGCAGCUGCUGCUGCUGCUGCUGCUGCUCCCCCUCCUCACCAGCAAGACCCUGGUUCGUUACAGCUAACUCCAGCGUCUGGUGCCCUGCUAAUGGGUAGCUGA